GGCUCCCCGAAGAGCCUUUGCCCUCCUGAUCAAUAGCUGCUCUGGUAGAUCUAUUGACCCAGACCUUUGUUUUCAGGGAAAUGGCCCUUUCUCUUGUUAACCCCAGCCAGCCUGGCCUCAGACAAAAUGCCUUCUGUGAUUUGGACUAGCACUAGGGCUGAGCUGAGUAAGAGAGGAGUCUCACGCCAUGGAAGAGGAACGCUCCACAAAGACCCGGGAGCCAGGAUGCCAGAACUUCAUCUGAAUCCAGGCUCAGUUCAUCAGAGAAGAGCACUAAGCUAUUAACUAGGCCUUUCUGGACUCCGCUAUUGCUGUUCCUCUUGUUCUCUGUGGUUCCAGAGGAUUCUAACCCUUCCUCACGACUCAGUCAACAAUCAAAGAGCCCUGAAGACAUGCUAGAACUGUGCUCCAUGUGUGCUUAGAGAAGAAGAAAAGGAAACAACUGACCACAACCAAAUUUACCCUGUGAUCUUUGGUAAGACACUUACCUUUAGCCUCAGUUUCCCCAUAGACUUAAUGAUGUGGCUAGGUUUUGUCCUGGUUUCUCUCAUAUUCUGACUCUGUCACCAACUUUCUAACACCUCUAUCUGCAAACUACCAGCAGCUUAUGUGCUAUAGGAGAGUUUUAUUAUGCUUUUGUCUGCAAAAUACCAAUGUUCUCAGAAAGAGGGUUGAAGCCAAGUCAUAGAGAGGAAUGAAGAAAGAGCAACAAGUCCCAGGGUCUCACCUGGGUGGGGGUGUAGGAGCAGCAGGGACCAUCCAGAUGCUGGGAUCCCCCUGUGAAAUAUCACACCCUUUCUCUGCCCCAUGCUUGUCCUGGAUUCAGGUCAAACUGGAUUUCAGUCUGCAUAAUUUGUCUCAUUUAGAAGGGUUGGGAGAGGGUGAGAACAGGAGGGGAAAGGCUGAGGAGGCAGAAUGGUACCCCCUAAAGGCAGUCAUGAGGUGGUGGCCAGAGGAAAGCAGAGUAAGAGUCUGGGGAGAAGGCUGGUGGCAGCUUGAGGGAAGAGGUGGAGCCAGGAGGGGCAGAGGCUUGGGAAGCACAGAUAAUUGUCAGCCCAGCACAGGAGGGGUCAAUUUAGUCUACUUACCCAGUGGCAAGGAAGAAAAAAAAAAAGGGCUGUAACUUAAAGAUCUUAAGACCCACUAAGAGAGGAAAGGGUUGGCCUGGGGGGCGGGAGGAGGGAGGGGGGAGUUUAGGAGGAGACAGAGACGCAGGAGGGUGCAAGGAAGCGUCUUCGCUGAGCUGGGGUAGAACAGGGAAGGUAGAGAAAAGCUGCUGAAGAAGGAGCUACAUCUGCUGGGUCCAGGCUUCCAGAGGGGCUGUCCUGCAUGCUGGGAGUGGCUCUAAGCACCCUCGGGCCUCUUACCCUGAGGCUCAAGCCAAGGCUUGAGGGCGCUUGCUGAGUUGGUGGCACAGCUCCGGAACUGGUGCCUCCGGGACUCGCUGCCUAACUUCAUCCACCACCAUGGAAGACGAUGGUUACGGCGACUAUGACAACCAGUCUGAAUGUGACUACGCAGACUGGACGCCCUCGGGCGCCCUCAUCCCUGCCAUCUACAUGCUGGUCUUCCUUCUGGGCACCACAGGCAACGGCCUGGUGCUCUGGACCGUGUUCCGGAGCAGCCGGGAAAAGAGACGCUCAGCUGACAUCUUCAUUGCCAGCCUGGCCGUGGCCGACCUGACUUUUGUGGUGACUUUGCCACUGUGGGCCACUUAUACCUACCGGGAAUUUGACUGGCCCUUUGGAACCUUCUCUUGCAAGCUCAGCAGCUACCUCAUCUUUGUCAACAUGUAUGCCAGUGUCUUUUGCCUCACCGGCCUCAGCUUUGACCGAUACCUGGCCAUCGUCAGGCCAGUGGCCAAUGCUCGGCUUAGGCUGCGGGUCAGCGGGGCCGUGGCCACGGCAGUCCUUUGGGUGCUGGCUGCCCUUCUGGCCGUGCCUGUCAUGGUGUUCCGUUCCACCGGCAACAUGGAAAACAGUACCAAGGUCCAGUGCUACAUGGACUACUCCAUGGUGGCCACCUCAGACUCCGAGUGGGCCUGGGAGGUGGGCCUUGGGGUGUCAUCCACUGCCGCAGGCUUCGUGGUGCCCUUCACCAUCAUGCUCACGUGCUACUUCUUCAUUGCCCAAACCAUCGCGGGCCAUUUCCGAAAGGAGCGCAUCGAGGGCCUGCGGAAGAGGCGCCGGCUGCUGAGCAUCAUCGUGGUGCUGGUGGUGACCUUCGCCCUGUGCUGGAUGCCCUACCACCUGGUGAAGACGCUCUACAUGCUGGGCAAUUUGCUGCACUGGCCCUGUGACUUUGACAGCUUCCUCAUGAACGUCUUUCCCUAUUGCACCUGCAUCAGUUACGUCAACAGCUGCCUCAACCCCUUCCUCUACGCCUUCUUUGACCCUCGGUUUCGCCAGGCUUGCACCUCCAUGCUCUGCUGCGAUGAGAGUGGGUGCAAAGGCCCCCCUCACAGCAGCAGCGGGGAGAAGUCUGCCAGUUAUUCUUCUGGGCACAGCCAGGGUCCUGGCCCCAACGCGGGGAAGGGAGGAGAGCAGAUGCAUGAGAAAUCUAUUCCCUAUAGUCAAGAGACCCUUGUGGACUAGAGCUGGGACCAGAGAGAAGCCCGGUGUCCCGGGUGUGACCCAGACUUUGUCCUCACGCGCAGAGAAUCAGGUAGCACGGCUGUACCUUCCUGACUCCCCGCUCCCUUCCCUGCUCGCAGGCCUCUGCCUUGCCCCCUCUUCUCAGAGGCUUGUCGUUUAGUGGAAAGAUGGACCCUUGCAAACAAACUUGUGCUCAGCUCUUCAGUACUUCUGAGGCUUACCUUGCACAUGUCUCUUAACUUUUCUAAGCCUCAGUUUCUUUUUGUAUUAAAUGGGGGAAGGUUAUACAGACCCUAAAAUGUAGACAUGUCUUGACUUAAUUUCUUUCUGCCGUUUUUUUCAGCUCUUCAGGCUCCCUUUCCCUGUCUUCCUUUUUUUUUUUUCCUCUGCUGCAGGAAUUUGUACUGUUAAUUGCUCACUUUCUAGACCUCACUUUCUCUCUUCAAGUGGGUUCCCCCUCCCUCAAACCUUCCUUCAGCUUCUUUCCUAUAUCCCCAUGCCUUCUCUCCUGCUGGGCUCCUAAGGGUUAAGGCCCUGAAGCGCUAGGGUUAACUAACACUUUGAGUUCUGUUUCCUGAGAGUCAGCAGGUGGGGCUGGGCUGUGAGCAGGCAAAGGCUCUAGUCUGCAGAGCCAGGAGCUCUGGGUUUUUCCAAAAGUUGGAUCCAUUCACUGUUGGUCCAGUCACCAGGGUUCGGCUGUUGUGAACAGAGGGUUCCCCUUGGCAGAAUCCUUGUGAUGCUUAGUAGAUAAUGCACCUUACCAACAGCCGGACAGCCUUGCCUUCUUCUUUCAGUUGUCUGUGAGAAUUGCAGGGCAACAGGACUGAAGCAGCUGGUGGACUAUCCCAUCAGUAUGAAGGGGGAGCUGGGAAGGGAAAGCAGAGAGAAAGGGGUGAGAGGGGAAUCUGUAUUUAGUCUGUAUGCUGCUUCGCUCCCCUUUCCCAAUCUCACCCCCCCAACGGAACUGUGAACUGUAGAGGAGAUCUUUCUCAUGUCUCCCGCCUCACCCCACAAUCUCUACAUAUGUUUGUGCUACUUGGCACUGAGAGUCACUUGAUUGGUUAAGGUUGUUUGCUCUUUGUCUAUAUGGGUAUAUAUAAAUGUACACACACACACACACACAGACAAGUAUCGAAGACUUUGAGGAUGAAGAACCCCAUCCACUUUCCCUUGCACCUCUGUGGGUCUCCCCACCCACUUGGGGAAGACUGGACGUGUGGGGGAAUGUAGAUGAGUCCACCCCCACUGGAUUUGGGGAACUCCGACGGCUGGUCCGUCUGUUUGUGCUAGGCUUUCUGUAGGGCUGUUUCCUCAGUAGCAUCUGGUCCUAAGGCUGGAGAAGUGCAGAGCUGGGCCCCAGUGCCUCUCCAAGUUCCAUGGUGGGAGAACAGACUUAUAGAUUGUAACACAGCCCUUCUUCUGUGCCCCAUAUCUGGUUUGGAGUUAUUCCUCACUUCUCUUACUUUUUCCUUAAGAAGGCCACUUUCUGGCCACAGGAUGAAAGCUACAGGAUGAGCUUUUGUUCUUCUCUCCAUCAGGACUGUGCCUUUUAGCUUUUCUUGAAGCUUAAGGGGAAUAAGGUUGGAAAAAAGUGACUGGAGCAGUUUUGAGGGUCUCAAGGACAAAAUUAAUAGUGAUUAGUAAUAGUAAUUAAUAGUUUCCAGCCCUUGUGAACUGGAAACGGGUGGGAAUAUUCUGGGCUUUAUUCUUGGAGGGCUCUGGAAACUAAGGACAAGACAUAUGCCACAGAAACAGGAAGAGCCUGGCUUGAUGCAGUUGGACCAUCUCUGGCACAGACCCUGUUCUUGGAGCAGAAAGGGGGACUGUGGGAAGGGGAGGGCAGAAACAACUCCUCUCAGCUAAGUCUCUGCAUGUCUCAGGCCAGAAAUUUUCACCCAGCUACUUUCUUUGGCCAGGGUAACCUCAAAGCAGCCAGUACAGGCUGCAGGAGGCUUCUGAGAGUCGGGAAAUCAACCAUGGCGUGGGAUAGAGAGCAUGGAGGUUGCCUCUUCUCCCCCCCACCCCUGCUUAAGAAUGUGUUCUUUUCUGAUCUUGUUAGUCACUGUGGUUCAUCAAAUAAAACUGUUUUGUGUAA